AUGAUGAAAGAAGGAACCCCGUUGCAAGGUGAUGACGCCCAGCUAGCUGCUUUGGGCCAUCGACCAGAGUUGAAACGCCGAUUUUCUACAUGGGCCAUGCUUGGUUUGGCCUUUGCUGUUCUGAAUUCGUGGACGGCGCUUUCAGCUAGUUUAUCUAUCAGUAUCUCCUCGGGAGGCAGCACAAGUGUAAUCUGGGGUCUGGUAACAGCGGGUUUCUGCAACUUCUGCAUUGCGUCUUCAUUAGCAGAAUUCCUUUCGGCAUAUCCAACAGCUGGUGGGCAGUAUCAUUGGGUUGCAGUCAGUACGUGGUUGACAGCAUUCACUUAUGAAAACUUUGCUGAAUCAUACAGUUGCCUGGCCAAAAUGGGUCCCAAUUCUCUCCUGGAUUACUGGCUGGCCGCACUGACAGCGGUUAAUUCCCUUUUGUCAAGCCAACUGAUCACUGGGAUCAUCUCUGCAAUGCACCCGGACUACGAAGCCCAACGGUGGCACCAAUUCCUUAUCUACAUUGGUUUGACCCUCGGGGCAUUCGUCGUCAACGCCUUUAUGAACUCGAUUUUGCCAAUAAUUUACCGCGGUGCCUUUAUGUGGUCGAUUGGCGGCUUUGUCAUUGUAUCCAUCACAGCGCUCGCCUGUGCUUCCCCCGACUAUAACUCGGCCUACUUUGUAUUCUGCAAUUUUGUCAACACUACUGGAUGGCCGGAUGGCAUUGCCUGGUUACUGGGACUGUUGCAAGGGGGUCUAGGGGUCACUGCCUUUGAUGCAGUUGCCCAUAUGAUUGAGGAGGUCCCAAAUGCGUCGGUUGAGGGCCCCAAGGUCAUGGUUUAUUGUGUCGGUAUUGGAACAUUUACUGGCUCGAUCUUCCUAAUCGUCCUCUUGUUCGUCGCAGGGGAUAUGGACAAGGUGGCCAGUUCCGCUGCGGGUCCUCUUCUCCAGAUCCUUAUUGAUACGACGAGGAACAAAGCAGGUGCUAUUUGCCUUCUAAUGCUUCCCCUCGUCUGUCUGAUCUUUGCCCUUCUCAGCGUCAUGACAACGAGUAGCCGAAUGAUGGAUGGCGGCCUUCCUGCAUCCCGUUUCUUUGCCAAGGUCCACCCAACCCUAAAAUUACCUUUGAACGCCCUUAUAUUGACGGUGAUCGUGGUCAUAAUAUUCGGCUGUCUCUUUUUGGCCUCAACUAGUGUCUCAAACGCCAUUAUUUCCGCAGCUGUUGUUGCCCUCGACUUGUCCUACGCUAUGCCGAUUCUCGUUAACUGCCUGCAAGGCCGAAAGGCUCUUCCAGAAAGGCCGUGGAAACUACCUAAUGCCGUUGGUUGGGUUGCUGAUAUGAUCUCGCUCUCGUACAUCGCCCUGACAACCGUCCUCUUCGUCUUUCCGCCAUCUUCGACGGUUACCGGGAGUAAUAUGAAUUACUGCGUCGCUGCUUUCGCCAUUAUUCUUAUUAUUUCCGUGUUCCAAUGGAUUGUCGAUGGACGGAAGAAUUACACUGGCCCACGUGUGGAGAUGACGCUUGAUAGCCUGGAGAAUAUACCGACUGAGCCGGAACAGUUAAAUACGUCUGAGCAUAAGAAGUGA